UUUUUUUUUCUGAAAUGAAUUCAAGUGAAGAAGGUGAUGAUGAUCAUGAUCAAGGAAAAAAACGUUCUUAUGAAUGCACAUUUUGCAAAAGAGGUUUCACAAAUGCUCAAGCUUUAGGUGGCCACAUGAAUAUUCAUAGGAAAGACAGAGCAAAAAGUAACAAAAAACCACAAAUUGGUAACAAAUUCUUCACCAAUGAUGAAACUACUUCUAUGGUUUUUCCUUUUGUUUCAGCAAAUUCUUCUUCUUCUCCUAUGAGGCAAAUGCAACAAUAUUUACCAACAAUAACACCGAAUUAUCAACCAUCAAAUGUGCAUGGUUUUGGAUGCGAUCGAUAUCCAAAAUCUUCUUCGUCUAAUUGGCCUAAUUUAUGUUUUAAUCAUGAGCUUCAGGGUCCUAAUUUGAGUCUUCAAAUUGGUCCAACUCAUCAGCAAAUAAUUAGGAGAGGAAAUCAAGAAGAAAAUGAAGUUGAUUUGGAGCUCAGGCUUGGACAUGAUCCAUGAUGAUUCAUAGUUUCAUAUACUUUAUAUUAUUUCA